AUUCUCCCAGACUGAAAACGCAGACCAACCCAAAUUCGCCAUGGGAGUUUUCACCUUCGUCGUCAAGAACUCAGGAGGAGAAUGGAAAGCGAAGCAGCACGAGGGCGAACUCGAGGCCUGUGCUCCUUCCUCCUACGAGCUCCAGAGGAAGCUCGUCCAGGCCGCUCUCUCUUCUGACAGCUCCGGCGGCGUUCAGAGCUCAUACUCUCCCGUCACUCCUUCCUCUGCUGUCUUCCAGGUGAUCAUUGGUGGUGGUGGCGGUGGUGGUGCCUUCAUUGGUGGAGGUGCUGCCACAGCUCCAGCAGGUGGUGCAGCAGCUACUGCAGAGGCUCCCCCAGCUGAGGAGAAGAAGGAAGAGAAGGAGGAGAGUGAUGAUGACAUGGGAUUCUCUCUCUUUGAUUAAGUCUCUAGUCGUAGUAACUUGGUUGCUUUCAAGUCAGUACAAUAUGUCCCAGUUUUUCUAGUCUCACCUUUCAAUUUGCACCUAUCGUUGGAUCAUUGUGAAUUGCUUGGAUGAGAGUACAAGACAUGAUGAGUUUUGUUUGAGAUCCUUAACUAUUUUUAAAUGACAGUGUUUAGAGUGUUGUUGCCUUGUUUCUGAAUUUCUCAACUUUUAAUGUUGUUUUAUUUCUACCUUCAACUACUAUCCCUUCUACUUUAUCUUGUGCGGAACAAAGCACCAUAUCUUGGUUCCCGCUAAUAAAGAUUUUGUGCUAUUAGCCUAGAAUCAAAAACGGUGUACCAGACUUGCAGUUCCUUUUCCUUUUGUGUAGGGAAAAGUAUAUUCUGCCCUAAGUCAGUAAGUUGAAUGCCUGUCGGUUAGGUUA